GUCCCAUUGCUCGCCAACUUCAACACCCAUAGCGUUCUACUUUUGCUGCAUGUCUUUUGAGUGCCUGCAUAAUACUUGGCAUCGCUCCAUCUUCCAUUCGUGUGACUCUCCAUUGUCUUCCAUCCAUCAGCUCUGAGCAAGCCCUCUGCUUCAACCAGCUCAGAGUCCAUCAAUAUGUAUGCUAGACUCACCUGUAACCCUCCUCUAGGCCAGAUAACCACUAUAGCUCCAGGGAAAGAGGCUGUUAGAAUUACAGUACUCGUUGAAAGCUCUAUUACUUCACAAAAGUCUUGGAACGUCUCUUUGUGGCAUAACUUCGAAGACCGAGAUAAAUGGACAAGCUUAAGUCUCGAGCCAGCUCCAGUGCCCCCCUCUGUGCUGCGUUUAACACAUGACGGAACUUCCGAUAUUCAACAUCAGUGGUUUACCAUCACCCUCACUGGGCGCCCAAAGCAUAGUUCAUCCUUCUCGUUUACCUUCACGUUUCGUGCGUCAAAUGAUGAACCCUGGAAAUGGGCAAACGACCAAUUUUCGACCUCCGAUGGCCAGAUCAUCUAUCAGUCAGCUGGUCUUCAACAGAAGGAUUUGACCCAUUACAUUAGUGACCUUCCUGCAUAUCUUCAGAUCGGAAGAGAAGUCAGCGACACCCCAGACACCCUAUUGUGGUCCGUCUGGAGUCCUGUAAAUGCAGCUUCUGGUCGAGCGUCUGGGUUUUCAAAUAACAAAUUAGGUAAACCAACGUCCUUUUCGAGGUGGUUCGCACUUGUACGCCUUUGGUCUCCCUGGCUGGCUCCGCGGCAAGGUAGAGACGAGUUCCGACCAGACAAGGAGGCGGUUUUAGCAGCAUUCCAGCGAGGGGAUGGCACUCAUCUUGUCGUGCUCGCCUUGAGUGGCGUGGACAAUGUUUUGACAUGCCUUCACCAUGACGGAGCUGGGAAUAUUACGAUUAACUCACGGAAUGACAGCGAGGAAGACGGCAUCGCAAGGCUCGUAAUCUCGGUAGGCAACUCUUUAGAGAAUGCCAUUGCGGCAGCCGUGUAUCAUGCCCGCAAGAUAGUGACAAAGUACGAAAUAACUUGCGAGGAAAUCUCAGCAGAGAUGCAAACACUAGCGGAGGGCGUCAAACCCCAGUGGCUUGAAAACUGGUACGAUGGCUUAUCGUACUGUACUUGGAAUGGGUUAGGGCAACGCCUUAAUGAGCAAAAAAUCUUCGAUGCCUUGGAUUCAUUGCAAAAGAACGAGAUCAAUAUCACAAACCUCAUCAUCGACGACAACUGGCAAUCGCUUAAUCAUGAAGGGGGAUAUCAAUUCGAUAAUGCCUGGAUGGAGUUCGAGGCAACCAGAACAGGCUUUCCAAGGGGCCUCCAAGCUACAGUGAAGGAUAUUCGGAACAAACACCAGAAUAUUCAGCAUGUAGCCGUCUGGCACGCUUUAUUUGGUUAUUGGGGCGGUAUCGCCCCAGAAGGGAAGAUCGCCAAAGAAUACAAGACUGUUUCCGUUAAAAAAAAAGACGGUGUCUCAGGUGGAAAGAUGCUGGUUGUUGCUGAGGAGGAUGUUGGCCGUUUCUACAAGGACUUCUACCAGUUUCUCAGCUCUGCCGGUAUCGACUCAGUCAAAACAGAUGGCCAAUUCUUCCUAGAUGAGCUCGACGACGCCUCGGACCGUAGAAGCCUUAUUCGAGCCUAUCAGGACGCCUGGAACAUCAAUCAGCUUCGCUACUUUUCCGCCAAAGCAAUUUCUUGCAUGUCUCAAACCCCACAAAUCAUCUUCCAUUCUCAGCUUCCGUCCAACAGACCCCGCGUACUUCUUCGCAACUCGGACGACUUUUUCCCGGAAGUGCCUGCCUCACACCCUUGGCACAUUUUCUGCAAUGCGCACAACUCCAUCUUCAAUUCUUACCUCAACAUCCUCCCUGACUGGGACAUGUUCCAGACAUCGCACGAAUGGGCGUCUUUUCACGCGGCCGCUCGUUGCAUCUCUGGAGGUCCGAUCUAUAUUACUGAUGUUCCAGGCAAACACGAUGUGGAUCUCAUCAAUCAAAUGACUGGAAAGACGCCUCGGGGCAAUACAGUCAUUCUACGACCUCAUACCGUAGGUAAAAGUAUCCAAGCAUAUAACAGCUACGACGAUCCUGUCCUCCUAAAAGUGGGAACGUACGUAGGAAUGGCACGGACCGGCGUCAGUAUCCUCGGUAUAUUCAACUGCACUCAGCGCGCUCUCGCAGAGUUGAUCAGGCUAGACCAAUUCCCUGGUGCAGAGACGGGCAAGUAUGUUCUAAGAAGCCACACUAGCGGGCAGGUUACAGAUCCAAUAGAUGCAGAGAACCAAGCUGCAUUUCUAUACCUGGAACUACCCACCCAAGGAUGGGAGAUCCUCUCCGCAUUCCCUCUUCAGUCGUUCACACUUGAGCGCAGCCAUCCCGAGAAAGGUCCCUCGGACAUCUCCAUCAGCAACCUUGGACUCCUAGGGAAGAUGACGGGAGCUGCAGCAAUUGUGAACAUGGACAGCUAUAUUGAAAGGUCGUCAGGUAGACUAAGAAUCUGGACUUCUUUGAAAACGUUGGGUACCUAUGGGCUGUAUAUUUCCGACCUCUCCAAGCGCUCGCUGAAGGACGAUUUCAUGGCCCUCAUUUCUGGUAAACCGAUUCCAGCUCAUUGUGUAAAAGUUAACGAUGUCUGCGAUAAUGUUCUUGAGAUUGAUCUUGCAAGAGCUUGGAAGGAAACAAACUCGAAUGCUGGGUGGAGCAAUGAAGUUGCUGUAGAGGUGGUGGUUCGCUGAUUCACCACAGAAACUUGGGGGUAUCACUGGAAGAUAUGAAAUAAGUUGACGGAACGCGGGCGAGUAGCUGAAGAUGUAGCUUUUCAUACGUAUUCUUCUUAUCCACGCCAGUCAAGUAGUUUCUCCUGAACAAGCUAAGUGUAGUCUAGGUACUGUGUUAGGAAACAAAGUUUUC